UCUUGCUCUCAGUGCUUCCUCCAUCUGCGGCAAAAGGCUGUGCGAUCCACACCGAGUCCCUCAAAUUUCUCCUCCCCCGUCGUUCCCGAUUUCCAUCCGACGCACGCACAGCAGACCCCCCCCCCCCACCUGCAAAACCCCCAAACCCAAACCCCGCGCCGCACGCCACCGGUGGUUGAUGAAGCCGCACAACCCCCGGAAGCGCGGCCCGCCGGCGCCGGACAACCCGGUGGCUCUGCCGCUGCCGGGUUUCGUGGCGGACCGCGAGGAGGCCGCGGCGCGCGUCGAGCGCCUGCUACGGUACCAGUUCCGCGACCGCGCCCUGCUGGAGGAGGCGCUCACGCACCAGUCCUUCACCGACGGCGGCGCCGCCGUGGCGUCCUACCAGCGGCUCGAGUUCGUCGGGGACGCCGCGCUCGGUCUCGCCUUCUCCAACUUCCUCUUCCUCACCAACCCAACCCUCGGCCCCGGCGCGCUCUCCACGCUCCGUGCCGCCAACAUCUCCACUGAGAAGCUCGCGCGCGUCGCCGUUCGCCACGACCUCUACCCGCUGCUCCGCCGCAACUGCCCCCGCCUCGACCUCCUUGUAGGCCAAUUUAUUGAGUCAGUGAAGCAAGAACCAGAGGAUGAUCUUGGCACUGUACCCUUUGGUGGUAAUAUUGUUAAAGCUCCCAAGGUGCUAGCAGAUAUUGUUGAGGCCAUCACUGCUGCUGUCUACGUUGAUUGCAAAUUUGACCUUGAGAAGCUCUGGAAGGUUACGAGGUGGCUUUUUGAGCCAAUUAUCACAGCAGAAACAAUAGAUGAGCAACCUGUGACUGCGUUGCAUGAGUUAUGCCAGAAACAUGGGAAGGUUGCACAAUUCAAGACAUGGCAGAAGGGUGGGAUGACGGUGGUAAAUGUAUUUGUUAGUGGGGAGCUGGUUGGGAUUGGCUCCUCGGGGCAGAAGGUAAUCGCUAAGCUCAAUGCUGCACGAGAUGCAUUAGGCAAGCUUGUGGGUGGUGCAAACCAGCAAGUGUUGACAACCAGGGUUGGCAAUGGAUUGGGGGAUGAGAUUGGAGAGCUGAGGGAGUGCAAGCAGAAACUUAAUGAGCAGUGCAUCAGGAAGCAUUGGCCAAAACCCAUCUUUAAGUUAGAGAAAGAAAAUGGCCCCGCACAUGAGAGGAAGUUUGUGUGCUCUGUUCAGGUUGAAACCCAAAGGGGUACAUUUGUAACAAUUGGCGAUCCUAUUUCAAGGGUAAAGGAUGCAGAGAAUUCCGCUGCGCAGAAGAUGUUGGAAGUUUUAUUGAAAUUGUGAGAUCUCGUCGUGUAUAUGGCUACAUUUGUAUGUCGACAUUUGUUAUCUCCUAUGAAGAACAUAGUUUUCUUCGAGUAUAUUUAUAAGGCUAUUACUGCACCUGUGUUGAACUGUGGAUUAUGUCGGCUAGUUAAUAUCGAUCAUUUAUACUUGAGCAAUUUCCUCAAGCCAUGUUUCUUUGUUAUGGUGGAUAAAUGUAACCGACAAAGUAUGAACCAGGGUUUGAGAAGCUGAUUGUACAACAAAACUA